CGAACUUUCGCUUGCUCUCCUCUGCUCUUACUUUCCCUUUUUUUAUUUUCUUUUUGUUGCAUUAACCUUUUUCUUAUUGAAGAUACAAGCCUCAAAAAGAAAAGGCAGGAAGAAGGAAGAAGAUGAACUUAGAGAGAGAGAAGGAUUGUAAAACAGUUAAUCAAAAUUCACCAUGAGUUUUCUUCAUUCCAGAUUCUUCUUCUUCUUCUCGCUUCUCUUCUCCUCCUUCUCUGUAUCUCUAUCUUCAUCCUCUUUCUCCGUUGGUGAAGCUAACGAGAUUCAUCGAAGAAUCCUCCAUCAGCCGCUUUUCCCGGAUGCUUCUCCUCCUCCUCCUCCGGAUUUGGAGUCCACGCCGCCUCCUCCCGACGCUCCCGAUCAGCCAUUUUUCCCGGAGAAUCCUUCCACCCCUGACCAAACUCAGUUCCCUCCUCCUCCGCCGCCUCCUGCUUCCUCCGACGCCAAUGGCGGAUUACCGAUUCCGACCGCUACCACUCAGCAGGCGAAGCCUGGGAAGAAAUUCGCGAUCGUCAUAUCCGUUGGAGUCGUCACGCUCGGUAUGCUCUCAGCUCUAGCUUUCUUCUUGUAUCGCCACAAAGUUAAACACGCAAGCGACACUCAGAAACUCGUUAGUAGAGGAGGCGAUGGCGGUUCUCGAAGAUUCCAGGAAGAUCCGCUUCCACCGACGUCUUCCACAUUUCUCUAUAUGGGAACCGUUGAACCGAGCCGCGAACCGGCCAGCGAGUCUAUUGGACCGGUUAAUACUUCUCCGUACCGGAAAUUAAAUUCGGCUAAGAGAUCAGAUCGAUACCGGCCGAGUCCCGAGCUUCAACCGCUUCCGCCGUUGGCUAAACCGCCGCAACCGUCUGAGAACUCUCCCUCGGCUUUGUCUCCUUCUACGUCGUCUUCCGACGAAGAAUGCCGCGACACCGCGUUUUACACGCCGCACGGAUCCGCUAUCAGCAGCGACGACGGUUACUACACGGCGUUUCCUCGGUCAGCCAACAGCAACGGCCAUUCCUCUGGAUCAGUUCCUCACUCGAAGAGGACUUCUCCGAAGUCGAAGUUUGGAUCUAGGUCGCCGGAGAUGAAGCACGUUAUCAUUCCGUCGAUAAAGCAGAAACCGCCGCCAGUGCAACCUCCACCGUUCAGGAGCUUGGAAGCUGAUGAACUAGAGAUUCCUUAUCCACAGAACAAGCCUAAGUUCUCUCAGCCUCCUACUCCGCCGAAUAGGGCGGCGUUUCAGGCGAUUACGCAGGAUAAGUCACCUCUCAGCACACGAGUGUCACCACGGAGGUCUCCUCCUCCACUCCAUACGCCACCUCCACCUCCACCUCCUCCCCCUCCUCCUCGUCCUCCUCCGCCUCCUCAGAUACGGCCAAGAGAUUUCCAGAUACCUCGAAAGCUCAGCAAUCCAGAAGCAACGAAGCCAGACGAUCAAUCAAGAAAACUAGCAUUCAAGACUCCGAGUCCUCAAUCGAAAGCUGUUGAAGAGGCCAAAAGUGUAUCAGCCGACGGGGACACGGAUCCAAGCAGGCCAAAGUUGAAGCCACUCCACUGGGACAAAGUACGCGCGAGCUCUGAUCGUGCCACAGUUUGGGACCAGCUCAAAUCAAGCUCAUUCCAAGUGAACGAAGAUCGGAUGGAGCAUCUGUUUGGUUGCAGUUCAGCAAGUUCAGCUCCAAAGGAACCUGUGAGAAGGUCAGUGAUGCCUCCAGCUGAGAAUGAGAACAGAGUACUUGAUCCAAAGAAAUCUCAGAACAUUGCAAUCCUCUUGAGAGCACUGAACGUAACUCGUGAGGAGGUGUCAGAAGCUCUUUUAGAUGGUAAUCCCGAGAGCUUAGGUGCAGAACUUCUAGAGACUUUGGUGAAGAUGGCUCCAACGAAGGAAGAAGAGAUAAAACUCCGAGAGUACUCUGGCGAUGUCUCAAAACUAGGAACAGCUGAAAGAUUCCUUAAAACCAUUCUCGAUAUCCCUUUUGCAUUCAAAAGAGUUGAAGCAAUGUUGUAUAGAGCCAACUUUGACGCAGAAGUCAAGUAUCUAAGGAACUCUUUCCAAACACUAGAGGACGCAAGCUUAGAACUAAAAGCAAGCAGGCUAUUCCUUAAGCUCCUCGAAGCUGUUCUGAUGACAGGAAACAGAAUGAACGUUGGCACUAAUCGUGGAGAAGCCAAAGCCUUCAAACUCGAUACUCUUUUAAAACUCGUGGACAUAAAAGGAGUUGACGGCAAAACCACAUUGCUUCACUUUGUCGUCCAAGAAAUCACAAAAUCCGAGGCAACCACAACAACAGUAGAUGAAACCAUCGUCCAUGAAAACAAAGACGGUUUCAGAAAGCAAGGAUUACAAGUCGUGGCUGGACUGAGUAGAGAUCUGGCAAACGUAAAAAAAUCAGCCGGAAUGGAUUCCGACGUGCUGAGUGGGUACGUGACAAAGCUAGAAACGGGUCUUGAGAAACUCCGAGCUUUUGUAAAGACAGAGACAACAACAACAACAACUCCAGGGAAGUUCUUUGAUUCGAUGAAAACGUUUCUCAAAGAGGCCGAAGAAGAGAUUCGAAAGAUCAAAGGAGGAGAAAGAAAAGCUCUGUCAAUGGUCAAAGAAGUAACGGAGUAUUUCCACGGAGACGCAGCAAAAGAAGAAGCACAUCCUUUGAGAAUCUUCAUGGUCGUGAGAGAUUUUCUCGGAGUUCUUGAUAACGUUUGUAAAGAAGUUAAGACGAUGCAGGAAAUGUCGUCAGCUAUGGGUUCGGCUUCAGCUAGAUCGUUCAGGAUUUCAGCUACAGCUUCGUUACCGGUUCUUCAUAGGUAUAAAUCAAGACAAGAAGAUACAAGCUCAGAUAAUGAACACAGCAGCAACUCUUCUACGUGAUGAAACACACAAAACAAAAGGCUGUACAGUUUCUUACACCGGAGACAAGGGAUUAAGUUGGUGUUUCUCAAACCGGAGGAGAUAUUGAGUUGGUUUACUCGGAGAAUAUGGCCCGGUUCAUGAAGGAACAAACACUACAAUGAUCAAAUUUUCGUUAACAAAUAAGUUUCUUUGUUAAUUUUUCUUUUUUCGUCGGCAGUUGAAAUAUAGAUAGAUAUAUAUAUAUAUAAAUAUAUCCUAAUAUCUUGAGGUUAUUAGUGGAGAUUUUGUUUAUUUUGGACGUUAUAAUUUUUAUCCAAUUCAAAAAGUUAGUAGACGUAUGACCACAUAAGUAAGAAUUAUGAAUCGUGUUUACUUCUUUUUCUUCUUGUUUUCUUGUUCUAUUGGAAUCAGAAUCCAAUACGAAAGUACAUAAUAAAAGGGAGAUUUGUAAAGGAAACGUACGUACAUACAAGUGUAUGGUUGUAAUAUGAGUGCACGGAUUUGAAUUUGAGACGAU